AUUGUACUAUUAUAAAAGUAAAAAAAUUAAGAGAAGUGAUUUUUGCAAAAAUUAAGUUAAACUGACAAAAUAUCUUUAAUGAUAUAUGUUAGUUUAUAUGUUGAUAUUACGGCAAAAUAAAUCGUGAACUAAAUCGAACUCUGAUCAUCGGGGUCCGUGUUUUCAUGUCAAUCUAGAUAUUGUAGAUGGCGUGUAGGUAGGGAUCGCAAAACGAACAUAAAGUGCUGGGUUUGACUCUCUGAAACUCGAGAUUCAGUUAGGAAUUGUGCCAUCGCCGGGUGCAUUUGUUGCAUGUGAAUUCUAUUGAUUCUGUCAAUCUAGAUAUUGUAGACCAUUCUCAUUCAUCUACACCGACAAGCCAGUAAAGUUAGUUUUCUUUUCAUCUCUUGACCUUAACUGAUUUUGUAGCUCCUGUAUUUUAAAAGACAUAUUUUAACAUUCGAUUGAAACGAUAAUUAAUUACAAAAAUCAUAGAUAAUGGACUCAACCAAAACUAAAAAGGAGCAGCUUCCUUGGGAGUUGAUUGAAGAGGUACUCUCUCAUGUUCCUCCAAGAUCUCUUGUUCGCUUCAGAACCGUUUGCAAACGAUGGAACACUCUCUUCAACGACAAAACGUUCAUCAACAACCACACCUGGACGUUUCGAUUCAUCCUAACAACGAAAUCCAAGAUUUACUCGGUAAGCAUUAACCCCAAGAUAGUGGUUCGUGAGUUAACAUUGGAUAUUCCCGGUAUACAACCUGAGAUUAAACAUUUGGUUGAUUGCAAUGAGUUCUUGCUAUGUUGCAUGGAUAAAGGAGCCUCGGUUUGGAACCCGUGGUUGAACCUUAGUAGAUGGAUCAAAGCCGAUGUUAGCGAGCCUAGUUCUCGUUUCCGAAUCGAUGGCAUAGGUUAUGAUACUGAUAAUCAUAAUAAUAAUAAUAAUAAUAUGAUAGUUAAGGAAAGACUCUACACGACCAUUGGGUCUUACAGGAAGGAUCAUUCCCACGAGGCAUGGUGGGGAAUCCAUGACUUUGCCUCUGAGGAGUGGAAAGACCUCGAGGUGGAACCUAGUCAGGGAGAUAAAGAACCUUUCUUACUCACGAAAAGUGGUGUAUCUUUGAAUGGAAAUUUGUAUUGGGUUGCUUUUUAUGACGAGAAUGAUCCCUUGUACCACCUACUUAACUUCAGUUUUGUGAGCAAAAGGUUCUCUGACUUAUUAUGUUAUCUACCAUGUGGGAUGAAUCAUCCUCGCGAUGCUCUUGUGCUUAGGGUCUUUAGGGGAGAUCGGUUUUCCUUGUUAAAACAAUGUCACGUGACAAAGAAGAUUGAGAUUUGGGUGACUAAGAACAUGAUUAGUGUUGAGGAUGGUAAUGAUGUAGUUUGGAUGAACUUCAUGACUUUGUCGAUUCCUAACUUUCCAGGUUUGGUACCAAACAAAUAUUCCUACUCUCAGCCAAGUUACUUCAUCCAACACAAAAGGCUUGUCAUGUGUUCUUGCGACGAAACUGGCAAGCCUUGGAUUUAUGUUGUGGAAGAAAACAAGUUGAUAAGCAAAGUCCACAUGAGUUCUGUGGUGGAUCCUUGGCCUUUGCAUUGUACCUAUUUUCCGAGUUUGGUCCCGGUUCCUGGAGGUCGAAGGAAAGAAGCAGAAUUACAUGUUUGAUUUUUAUUACGCUAAUUUGUUUUCUUGUUUGGUUGUUUGUUUUCUUGUUUGGUUGUUGAUGCUGAGGAAGCUCACGUUGAUUUGGAUUUUGUUCUUAUUUUUAUUCACAAAAUCAUCUUUUUGAAUAAAUGUUAAAUUUAUUCUACUCAAAAAAACGUUUUUACAAAG